AUGUCCGAAACGCCAAUGCACAGACGGUCCAAGAGCUCUCGAGUGCUGAACCUGUUGCGCAGUGACACUCUUCCGCGAGACACUGGCUCCGAUACCGAAUCGCCUGUGAACGCCGCCAACUCCACCGGGCCAUUCUCUACCACGGCAUCUCCAGUCCAAGCGGCGCCAUCAGACGCCCCUCGUAUUGCACCUCUGACUCCCUCGAUUACGAGGACAUCUCAGAUGACGAUGGACCCCGGCAGCGAACUCUCGUCGAGUCCAGAUCUGGCCCACAAGGUUCCCUCGGGCUUGUCUCCAGGCCAUAGCAGCUCCAUAGAAGAUUCGGUGCGAACGUUCCGCGUAUUCGAAGUUCUACGAAGUAAAGAUGCCUCCGCCAUCUCGAAGGCCAUCACCGAGUCCAUACCUUCCCCGAGCAACCCCCAACCGAUACCAGGAACCACAAUACUGCAUUUGUCGGUACAGUGCGCCGAGCCUUAUGUGGUGGAACAAGUAGUAAGAGAAGGAAAGGGCCUAGAUAUCAACGCUCAGGACAGGGAAGGAAAUACGGCCCUACAUUUGGCCGCGCAAUUGGGACGGGCGCCUGUUGUGAAAGACCUGCUUGACCAACCCGGUAUCAACGAUUCAUUACCCAACAGGCAAGGGAAGCUGCCAAUAGAUCUGGCUCGGACUCCAGAGAUAUUUCAACAACUCCAGCUUGCCCGGUCAAUUUUCCUGGAUGAUAAAAUCAAAGAAAUGCACGCUGCGCUGGCGCAGGGUGAUUAUAAACACCUGGAAGCUCUCCUGGUGGAGCCUCGUGUCGAAGGCACCCUUGAUGUCAACGCCCUGGAGCUUCCAACCGACCUUCUGACGGUCCAGACCGGAGGAACACUUCUGCAUGAGGCGGCCCGCAAGCGCGACCUCCAACUGGCACAAAUCCUUCUCCUACACGGCGCAGAUCCGUUCAGGAGAGAUCGCAAAGGUAAACUCCCACAGGACGUCACGAAAGACGACAGAACCAGGGCAAUUUUAAAGAAGUCGCCUGCUGCGGCAGCUGCCCAAAGAGGGAUUCAAGAGAAGGCGAUUCUCGGGAAUCAUCCCUCACAGUUCAGGUCCUCCGCCGGUGCCAAUGAUACCACCAAAGAUGCGCGCGAAAUGAAGGGAUACCUCAAGAAGUGGACAAACUAUACAAGUGGCUACAAGUUGCGCUGGUUCGUCCUUGAAGAAGGGGUCCUGAGCUAUUACAAGCACCAGGACGAUGCCGGUUCUGCUUGCCGCGGGGCCAUCAACAUGCGCAUUGCGCGACUGCACAUGGACGCGCAAGACAAAACAAGAUUCGAGAUUCACGGAAAAUCCUCUGUCAAGUACCAUUUGAAAGCCAAUCACGUUGUUGAAGCCAAGAGAUGGUUCUGGGCGCUCAACAAUGCCAUUCAAUACGCAAAGGAUGAGGCCCGAGAAGAGGAAAAGAGACGGAACCUGGAUGCCGACACUUUACGCCACGUCAGGGUCGAGUCGUCUGACCAACUCAGUGUGGCAGUGGCGAGCAGCCGAUCGAAACAGCCUGCUUCAUCGCUAGGAGUCGCAGGAGGGUCAUCUAGAGUGACUCUACGCACUGACGUAGAUGGUGGUUCAAUGUACGAUUCGAACGAUCCAAGUAUUGUUGGCGAUGACCUCCAACGUAUGCCUACUAAUGCUGCAACUGCGACCAUUGAUGCGGACGAGGAUGGCGAUGGCGAUGAUGCCAGCAGUCAUGAAUUUCACCAGCCAGGAAGCAAAGAUGCUUUGAAUAUAACUGCACAGUCAGCCAAGCUGCAACUUGACCUUCUGUCUCGAGUCUCCGAGGCUCUGAUGGCUCGCCAGUCAUCUCAUCCCGACACGACCUUGUCUGACGAAGAUGUUUCGCAGGCACUUGCCACCUACCAGACUGCCGUCAGUAGUUUGAAUGGAUUGGUGACAGAUCUGUUGAAAAUAUCUCGGGAUCGCGAUGCUUACUGGCAGUAUCGUCUGGAGAGAGAUGCCGAUGCUCGCAGAAUGUGGGAAGAGAGUAUGGCCAAGAUCGCAUUUGAGCAUGAGGAUCUGAAGCGAUCAAUCGCUGAGUCAGAAGAGAAGCGCAAGCGAACGAAGCGGGCGCUGAAGGAGGCCCUCGAAGGCCAGUCUAGGCCAGUCACCCGACCAGGCUCCGUGGUUCCCCAUGAGUCGACAGAUCACGUUCAGUUUGCGGAGGCUGUUGAGGACCAGUCGGCCUUCCGACCAGAAGGCCAACCUACAGUGAGAGACCGAUCGCGAAGGAAGUCAUUCUCUCGAGAGGGCAACAGAAGAAAGUCCCUCAUUGCGCAAUUCACAGACCUCUCAGACUCGGAAUCAGGCGAUGACGAGGAGUUCUUUGAUGCUAUUGAUGCCGGAAUCGUUGAAGUUGUUGAGCCUCCCCUGCUAAGUCCUCCGCCCGUCCAAGUCCCGCUGGGUAAACCAGAACAGGAACAGGAGCCGUUCUCAAAGUUAGAUGAACGGGAAUGCAAGCAGAUGGAGAUCAUCCCAUCCUACGCCGGUUACGAAGAUGGUGUGCGCGAGAAGCUGAAGAUGGAUGCAGACGACCGUCCCAAGAUCUCGCUUUGGAGCAUUCUCAAAUCGAUGAUUGGUAAAGAUAUGACGAAGAUGACUUUGCCGGUGUCCUUCAACGAACCAACGUCUCUUCUGCAACGUGUCGCCGAAGAUAUGGAAUAUGCCGAUCUCCUGGAUAUCGCGGCCGAUCGCCCGGACUCGACCGAGCGACUCGUGUAUGUUGCCGCCUUUGCCGCCUCAGAAUACGCCAGCACCAUCGGUCGUGUCGCGAAACCAUUCAACCCGCUACUAGGCGAGACUUACGAGUACGUCCGACCUGACAAAGGAUACCGAUUCUUCAUCGAGCAAGUAAGCCAUCACCCUCCCGUUGGCGCCGCCCACGCCGAAUCUGCUCGGUGGGACUACUGGGGAGAAUCCGCGGUGAGGUCGAAGUUCUACGGCAGAUCAUUCGAUAUCAACCCGUUGGGUACAUGGUUCCUUCGCCUACGGCCCUCGAACGGUGGCCCCCCAGAGCUGUACACCUGGAAGAAGGUUACCAGUUCCGUCGUUGGUAUCAUUACGGGGAGCCCGACGGUGGACAACUACGGGUCAAUGGAGAUCAAGAAUUGGAACACCGGAGAGGUUUGCGUGCUGGAGUUCAAACAACGAGGAUGGAAAGCCAGCUCGGCAUACCAGGUCUUCGGCAAGGUUGUGGGAGUCGACGGCAUGACCAAGUGGAGUAUCGGCGGUCGAUGGAACGACAAGAUCUACGCCCGCAUCACCGAAGGCUAUGAGGACGAAGCUGUGGGCGAAGCCAAGACCAAUCAAGCAAGGCUGGGAUGUCAAACUGGCCAUCAGGCCUUCUUGGUCUGGGAAGCCCAUCCUCGACCACAGGGUAUCCCAUUCAAUCUCACACCCUUCGUCGUAACGCUCAACGCUCUCCCGGACAGCUUGCGACCGCACAUACCGCCCACCGAUACCCGACUGCGACCGGACCAGCGCGCCAUGGAGGAUGGAGAGUAUGACUUCGCCGCGACCGAGAAGAACCGGGUCGAAGAAAAGCAGCGCGCAACUCGACGGAAGCGUGAGGCCGCCGGCGAAGACUGGAAGCCUAAGUGGUUCCACAAGGCAACCCAUCCUGUCACGGGCGAACCAUACUGGGAAUACAACGGGCAAUAUUGGAAAAAACGGUUAGAGAAGGAUUGGAGUGUUUGCGACGACAUCUUCUGA